AUGAGUUAUUAAUCUUAUCCUCGCAGGUAGUGAAACUAGUGGAGUUAUUAGAAGUUAAGCAUUCAGUUUUCAUAAUUAGCGUGACCGGUACGGGCAAGACUGAGUUGUGGCAAACUCUGUAUAGGACUCACGCAAACCUGAAAUUUAAACCAUAUUUAAAUGACAUUGAACCGAAUGCAGUAACUGAUGACGAGUUGUUUGGCGUCAUUAAUCCGACUACUAAAGGAUGUGUAGAUAAACUGUUUUCGUGCCUGAUAAGAGAGCAAUCACAAAUGUCUGUUGAUGGAUCCAAAUUGAUGAUACUGGACGGUGACAUAGAUCCUAUUAUUAUAAAUUAUAAUUAUUUACAGCCAACACUCGUAAACACAAUAGGAACAACUAGGAUUAGAUAUUUCCACAACUUGUUGGUUGAUAAAAAAAAGGCAAUCAUGUUGGCCGGAGCCGAUGAUGAUAACCUCAAAUCACUUUAUAAUGAUUUGUACGCUGUUGCAAAUGUACCGCUUAAUUUAUACACAAUAUCUGAAAUGUUACAAAAGAUUUUGGAAAAACCAUUGGAGAAAAAAGCUGGUAAAAACUUUUGUCUACCGGAUCGUAAAACACUAAUUCAUUUUAUUGAUGAUAUAAACAUGCCAGAAGGUAGUAGUCCUGAAAACGAAUACUUGAUAAGCACACUGAUACAUUCACAUUUUGCGGACGGUAUCGGUGAUCAAAAAUGUAUUGAUGUGCGGUCGUGGCUUAUACUUCAAACAUUACUAAAGGAUGCAAUGAAGUCGUACAGUGAAUUUCUGGGCGUUCUUGAUUUAGUGCAUCUCGAAGACGCGAUGUCCCGCGUUUGGCGGAUACGUAGUCAGAUUGUUUCGCCGAUUGGCGGUUUUAAAGCGAUGAAGAAGUUGCCGAAACAUAUCGGUAACUACCACCCAGUACAGCUCUUAAAUGAGCUAAUACCGGGGAUACGGUACUGGGUUACCGUUAUUGCGAAUCCACCAAGUGAUAUUCUGGUGAAAUGCAGAGUUUAUGGCUUAGUAAUUGUUGGACGAGCAUCGACGAAAAAGGCCGCCCAGAGGCAAAUAGCGAUAAAGGCACUGGCCUUUUUUUUCGGUGUUCGAUUCAACAAUUAACAAGCCAUUUAUCCUGCAUUUCCCAGAAUGUCAGCCUGAGGAUUCGCAAUAACGGUAACCCAGUACCGUAUCCCCGGUAUUAGCUCAUUUAAGAGCUGUACCGGAUGGUAGUUACCGAGAUGUUUCGGUAACUUCUUCAUCGCCUAAAAUAAAUGGCCAUAAGUUAUACAAUUAUAAUACACUAAAAUUGGCGAACCAAUCUGACGACGUAUUCGGCAAACGCGGGACAUCGCGUCUUCGAGAUACACUAAAUCAAGAACCCCCAGAAAUUCAUUAUACGACUUCCCUGCAACAUUUAGUAAUGUUUGAA